UGUCAGAGACUUCCUGAAAACUAGGAUGUCAAUUCUGAGUGUUCUUGUUGGUGUUGGAAUGACACCCUCGCUGCCAAAGCUUGUGCAGGCUGGUCCUCCUAAAGUUCUUUCUGUUCUUUUAGAUGGUCGUGUUGUUGGUUCAAUACCAUCUGACCUAGUUGAAAAGGCGUCACACACAUGCGAAGAUUAAAAUUGUCAGCAACAGCACAGAUUCCUGAGGAUCUCGAGGUGGGAUAUGUUCCUUUGAGCAUGUGUGGGGCAUACCCUGGCUUAUUCCUGUUCACAUCUCCUUCAAGAUUUGUUCGUCCAGUCAGAAAUAUCUCGAUCCCUCCUGAAGAGGGCAACAAGUUUGAACUUAUCGGACCCUUUGAACAGGUCUAUAUGGAAAUAAGCUGUCCUGAUGGUGGAGGUGGUGGGAGGAAGAGUAUGUUUCCUGCAACUCAUGAAGAAAUUCACCCAACUGGGAUAUUGAGUGUUGUUGCUAAUCUUACACCUUGGUCAGAUCACAAUCAAAGCCCUCGUAAUAUGUACCAGUGUCAGAUGGGAAAACAAACCAUGGGAUUCCCUUCUCAAGCAUUACACAGUCGUGCUGAUCAAAAGCUUUAUCAUCUUCAGGAUGGCAAUGACUUGGUCUCCCGAAGAUCUACUCAAGAAGUGGUCACUUCUAGGUGUGCAUCUUCAUGAAGCAGUUUUUUCACCCAUUAAAGGUGAUAUUGUUCCAUGUAUUGCCUUGUUCAUCUGUGUGUUUGGAGUCAAUCACUUUUUGGAAUAUGUAAUAGGUUGAUUGUCUUUCUGCCCCUUGCUUAUUAGGUUUUUCCUUGCAAGAUUAGGCAAUAAUUUGAUUCAGGAUUGCCUUUACUGUUAUGAUCAAUUAAGAAUGGGAAAUUUUCAUAUUUAGUUUUCAGUAGGUCUUUGAUUAUCAUUGGCAUUGAUUGUUGUACACUUGCAUUUAGGUUCAGGCACACUGUUUACAUUCUAAUUUUUUUAAAACAAUAAGAAUCUCCUAUGUGUUGUAUUUCAUAGUUAACCUGACCUUACUUUUGAUGUGGUAAGAAGUCUUGUGAUAAAUUAACCUGUUUGCGAACAACUAUGGAGGUAUCCUAAACACAAACAUUUAACCAACUCAAUGAAACUGCGAGAUGGAUCAAUUUACACUUGCAUAUCUAGAUUGCUGAUGUGCCAGCAGUAGCAAUAAGUAAUAUACGUAAAAUGGAGGUAUAGUGCUAUUUGCUUUUUAAACAAUUUUCUUAAUGGAAACAUCUAAAACAAUCAAAGAAGGUUCAUUCUUUGAUAAUUUAGCAUGUUACUGUGACUUUGGACAAAUAUUUAUUUGCAAAUUACUUUGGAAGUGCUGAUACAAGUGAGAGAGACAUUUAUACUUGAUAUCUGGUGAGAUGCGAGUAUCAUGCAAGAUUCUGGGAGACAAGGUGGACAAUUUGUCAUGUAGAGUAGCAAGUUUCGUACUCUUAACAGAUUGCUGAUCUCCCUUCUGAUGACUUGUAUAGUUCUCAUUUUUGGGGGGUAUUUUGAUUUCACUUUCCAGUCUUUGAAUAUAUUUUGAAUGUGGCUGAUUAACCCUUCUUUUGACUCUGCUUGAUAUUGUGCCUUACA